UCCUGCGCCAUAACGCGAUGGUGAAACAUUAAAUAACAGCAAGGAAACAACAGGCCUGAAACACACCGAGUGGAUAUGGAGUCGGUAAAGACGAGAGCCGCGGCGGGGGUGAAGGAAUUUGCGGGGAAGACCCUGGGUCAUAUGUACAGGGUGAUGGAGAGGAGGCAGAAAAGCGGGGAGGUGAUCGAGCUGACGGAGGAUGGGCGCCCCCGGGAGGCCGCGGACAAGAAGCCCCCCCUGUGUGACUGCACGUGCUUUGGGCUGCCCCGCCGCUACAUCAUCGCCAUCAUGAGCGGUCUGGGCUUCUGCAUCUCCUUCGGUAUCCGGUGUAACUUGGGCGUGGCCAUAGUGAGCAUGGUCAACAACAGCACCGUCCACCAGAACGGCAAGAUCAUCAUCAAAGAGAAAGCAAAGUUUAACUGGGAUCCAGAGACGGUGGGAAUGAUCCACGGAUCUUUUUUCUGGGGCUACAUCGUGACACAAAUCCCUGGAGGAUACAUUUCGUCUCGACUGGCUGCAAACAGAGUGUUUGGUGCAGCCAUCUUGCUGACCUCCACUCUCAACAUGUUCAUCCCCUCUGCUGCCCGGGUCCAUUACGGCUGUGUGAUUUUUGUCAGGAUAUUACAAGGGCUGGUAGAGGGAGUGACCUACCCAGCCUGUCACGGUAUAUGGAGUAAGUGGGCUCCUCCGCUGGAGAGGAGUCGUCUGGCUACCAUCUCUUUCUGCGGCUCAUAUGCUGGUGCUGUGAUUGCAAUGCCCCUGGCUGGGAUUCUGGUUCAGUAUACAGGCUGGUCAUCAGUGUUCUACGUCUAUGGAUGUUUUGGUAUCUUCUGGUAUAUGUUCUGGAUCUUGGUGUCCUACCAGAGUCCUGCUGAACAUCCGUCCAUCUCGGACGAAGAGCGCUGCUACAUUGAGGAGAGCAUUGGCGAGAGUGCCAAGCUAAUGGGCCCCUCUGAGAAAUUCAAGACUCCCUGGACGAAAUUCUUCACCUCUAUGCCCGUCUAUGCAAUCAUUGUGGCCAACUUCUGCAGGAGCUGGACCUUCUACCUGCUGCUUAUUAGCCAGCCCGCUUACUUUGAGGAAGUGUUUGGUUUUGAGAUCAGCAAGGUCGGUGUGCUGUCUGCUCUGCCUCACUUGGUGAUGACCAUUAUUGUGCCCAUCGGUGGCCAGCUGGCUGACUACCUGCGGAGCAAGAACAUCCUGACCACUACCACCGUCAGGAAGAUCAUGAACUGUGGAGGGUUUGGCAUGGAAGCAACACUGCUGCUGGUGGUGGGAUAUUCCCACAGCAAAGGCGUGGCCAUCUCCUUCCUCGUCCUGGCAGUUGGCUUCAGUGGAUUUGCUAUAUCAGGCUUCAACGUUAAUCACCUGGAUAUUGCACCACGCUACGCCAGCAUCCUCAUGGGCAUUUCUAAUGGUGUGGGCACUCUCGGGAUGGUCUGCCCACUGAUUGUCGGUGCUAUGACAAAGAACAAGACUCGAGAGGAGUGGCAGUAUGUGUUCCUGAUUGCUUCCCUGGUGCAUUAUGGGGGAGUAGUGUUCUAUGGCAUCUUCGCAUCAGGAGAAAAGCAGCCGUGGGCUGACCCAGAACUGACCAGUGAGGAGAAAUGCGGCUUCAUCGAUGAGGAUGAGUUGGCAGAAGAGACAGGUGACAUCACUCAGAGUUACAGUGCUUUUGGAGGUCCAGCCAAGUCCUAUGGCGCCACCACACAGGUGAACGGUGGCUGGGCCACCAGCUGGGAGAAGACAGAGGAGUACGUCCAAGAAGAGGCACAGGGAGGAGGCUAUGGCUUCAGGCAGGAUGAGGGUUACUCCUAGACCAAACAUCACAUUUGCUGGCACAUGGGUACACUUACAGUUCUGAGUGUGUAUCAUCAGUUUAGUGAAGAAAAAUAUCAAGAAACAAACAAACAAAAAAUUACAAUCUAUUGUUGUGUUGUUUCCACAUAUUCAGAUCAUGAAGGAAAUUUCAAUUUGCUUACGAAUCAAUUCAUAGAGGUGUAACACAUAUCAAAUUGGCAGUCUGUAAAUGUAUUAUUAUGCAUAUGGGUAAUAGAUAUAUUUGUUUGGAGUGUAACCGUGUGUAACUAUGUGAAGCGUUUCCAUCUCAUCAGCUGGGUUUCUUGAAGCCUGCAGGGUCACAGAGAUGCAGCCCGUCAGAACCAAUCGGUAUUACUCAAACUGGUUCUUGUGACAGUAAGACUUCCUGCAAACCAGCCAUCACAGUGUAUAAAUUUAUCACACUGCACAGCAUUGUAAACACAAAGUAGACACAAUGUUUUAUAGACUGUACUGUAUCGCUCCUGAAUUCACUCAGACUAGCGCGACCUUUUAAUGCACAAUAUGAUUGUUUGUUGUCUUAUCACUGGUUUCUCUGUGUGUAAAAUCUGUGCUUUGAGGAGAACUUCAGCAGUUUUCAACCUAGGCCCUAUUUUUAGGUGUUUCUGGGUUGGGACAAAAACGGUUUUAAUUGGUUUAGGAUUGAUUUUGAAUGCAAACACCAUCACACGCUCAAGAGCUAUAGAAUGUAAACCUCGGAAAGCCUAUCACCACUGAACAGGCAAAAAUGGCAUUAGAGGUUCCUGGUAGUAUGGAGAGGAUCCCAGUGAAACAGAUGAUUGCAAAGUUAGUGUCUCACUUUUGCCACUUUUUGAUUUGGUGAUGCUCUUCAUGAAGUCAUUACAAGUCGAUUGUUGAUGUGCUGCUCAUACCUAUGGAAAAAACGAGAAGAUCGUUGACAAUCGACAUGUAAUGAGUGAGACUGAUGGUGCAGGACAGGAAGGACGUUAAGGUAAGCGGCUAACUCUAUAAUCUGUCCCUUCAAAAGGUUUCUUUACACAUUUAACCCAUAGGGCUCCUCUCCAUACUGCCAGGCACUUUGUGUAGCUGUUUACCUUAUGACUAUGAGAGCAUUUCAAUCAGCAUUGGAGUGAUUAAAGUCUUUUUUGUCCUGAGUGAAAACAUGAAUCCAAUAACAGUUAACAAUAAAGCCCAGGUUGAAAAAUCCUAUAGUUUUUACUUUAACAUGUAAAUGAAGAGUGUCAAACUGUGAUGAACCAUGCUUGAAGAGAUGCUGCAUCAAAGGUUUGCUACAUGUGAUCCAUUUUGCACCGCUGUAGCUGAGAAUGUAAUGCCAACAGGUGCAACCCAUCAAAGCACAGCAGUGUAGGGCAGGAGUAAAGCCAUUUUGUAAAACAUUGUUCAUUGCAUAUUAUUGUGAGAGCACAAAAGAAAUAGUUGCACCAAUGCAUUUUAUUGAAAGAGUUGCUUUAUUUAAAGUGUACAUGGCAGAUAUAUGAUAAAAGGUAGCACACAGAGGAGAUUAGAUUCUGUGUGAUGUUGCUAAAUCAGAGUUGGAUCAGGUGCAAUAUAAAGACUACCCCAUAAGGUAUCAGAGCAUAAGAAUAAUGUAAUGGAAUAUAUGAAGCUUUAUGACAGAAAUGGGUAAAUAAAAACAGGUUUAUAACCUGCAUUAAAUGGGUCAUAUUGUGCAAAGUACUUAAUGUAACCUAAAGGUAUCAGAGCAUAAGAAUAUUGUAAUGGAAAAUAUGAAUCCUUAUGACAGAAAUUAGUAAAUAAAAGUAUGCUUUAACCUGUGUUAAAGGGGUUAUAUUGUGCAAAGUACUUAUUUUAAUCUAAGGUAUCAGAGCAUAAGAAUAUUGUAAUGGAAAAUAUGAAUCUUUAUGACAGAAAUUAGUAAAAAGUAGGCUUUAACCUGUGUUAAAGGGGUUAUAUUGUGCAAAGUACUUAUUUUAAUCUAAGGUACCAGAGCAUAAGAAUAUUCUAAUGGAAAAUAUGAAUCCUUAUGACAGAAAUUAGUAAAUAAAAGUAUGCUUUAACCUGUGUUAAAGGGGUUAUAUUGUGCAAAGUACUUAUUUUAAUCUAAGGUACCAGAGCAUAAGAAUAUUCUAAUGGAAAAUAUGAAUCCUUAUGACAGAAAUUAGUAAAUAAAAGUAUGCUUUAACCUGUGUUAAAGGGGUUAUAUUGUGCAAAGUACUUAUUUUAAUCUAAGGUAUCAGAGCAUAAGAAUAUUGUAAUGGAAAAUAUGAAUCUUUAUGACAGAAAUUAGUAAAAAGUAGGCUUUAACCUGUGUUAAAGGGGUUAUAUUGUGCAAAGUACUUAUUUUAAUUUAAGGUAUCAGAGCAUAAGAAUAUUGUAAUGGAAAAUAUGAAUCUUUAUGACAGAAAUUA